UUGAAUCUUAUGACAAACGAUAUAAAUAAAGUUCUUUUUGCUCCUGCUAUAUACAUUUUGAGAAUUUACAUACAUAGCUAUGUCAAUAUAUAUCUUUAAAGUGUUUCAGUGGAGUUCAAGCCGUUUAUUAAUUUUGGCCAUUUUUGUGUGUAUAUGUGUAUAGAAUUAUCCUAACAAAUCGAAGUCCUUCAACGAAGCAACAUUACAUAUUGAUACAUAUUUAUGUACUUACAUAUAUAUAUACACGUUACUCGUAGAGAAAAAGGGUGUACUCUAUUCAGAGAUAACUAUGUAUGCCUGUAUACAAAAGUCAAAAGGAAACGUCCGUGUGAACGCCGUGAUCUCAUUCACUACAUAUGAUCGGAAGGCGAAAAUACACUUAUUUUGUUAAGGAUAAGCCAGUUGGAGAGUAAACCCAAGAACAAUGCUCAGACUAGCUAAAUCGGACCGAAUGCUAGUUUGUCUGUUUGAAAUUCAAAUACUACAAGCAAGAUAUAUUAUGAAUCAACAAAACUUAAUAAGACACAAGGCUGUGUAAACAUUAUUCUGUAUAAAGAUUAGUGUUGUAACAAUAUCGAUAACUUGAGUUUAUAUGUAUCAUUUAAAUUUAAUUCAUAAAUCAUGAAGUUACUUGAAAGUUCACGUUUUGAAGCUAUCAACAACGCUCUUUCUAUACAAACAAGUGGCAUCACGAUUUUUGGACGGAUAGAAAGUUAUUCAUGCAAAAUGGUUGCAGCUGAGAAAGUAUUGUAUAAACGAUUUACAGCAGAUUCUCAUGGGCAUGACCUUCAGGCGUUAUCACCUCCACAAACUUUGACUGACUUUUCGCCCAACUUUCGGCGAAACAACAGUCAAUCUGGAGAUGAAGGCAUUACUCUUUGUGAUACAAUUUCCAGAAAAACUUUGUUUUAUUUAAUUGCUACUUUAAAUGCGUCUUUUGAACCAGACUACGAUUUUUCUGAAGCAAAGUCUCAUGAAUUUAGCAAAGAGCCAUCAUUGCAGUGGGUUAUGAACUCAAUCCAUGCGAAUUUAUCGGCAUUAGCUGGAGAUCAGUAUCAAGUUAUACGUCAACCAUUAUGGUCUGCCGUUGAUGACGAAGUGAUCCUAUCAGAAUGUGACAUAUACAGUUAUAAUCCAGAUCUAAGUUGCGAUCCUUUUGGGGAACCAGGCUGCUUGUGGUCAUUUAAUUAUUUCUUUUAUAAUAAGAAAUUAAAACGAAUUGUUUUUUUUACAAGUCGAGCAGUGAAUUCUCUUUACGCCGGUGAAACCUCUGACUUUUCAAUGGAGGAGGAAGUGUACUGAGAAAGUGUUUACCCCCGUUUAAAAAAUUUAAAAAAAUUAAUUGGAGAUGACAAAAUGUUUAAAGCUGCUAUUACAUUUUACAGCUCCUCCUUUAUUAUUAAACGUAUUUUUAAAAAAUGUUCAAGUAUAACUUCACCUCAACAAAUCAUUUUAUACAUGAGAAAGCUAAAUACAAAGUAAAUUGCUAGAUUUUAGAAUAGCAAAUGUAAAAAUA